AUGGUCUCAAACACCUCCGGCGACAAGUUGUAUUUGGACACCAAGGUUGCGCUCGAACAACGGAGACAGGCCAAGGACGAUGUGGAGGCGAAAAUCUCCGAAUCCCCAAUAUAUCCCCCCAAGCAAGUAAAACAAUUUACUAUGCUCCCAAACACCUCCAGCGACUCAUUGUACUUGGAUUCCAAUGUUGCACUCGGACAACGCAAGCAGUCCGUGGAUGAGAUGAAGGCGAAUGCGGCUGCUUUCAAUAAAGCCGAGGGGCAAGAAGGGGAAGGUAUUCUCGCGGGCAUGAAACACCAAUUGGAUACUAUGGCUCCUGGCGGCUCGCUUUCCGAGUUUGGGAAUUUCGUUACCUCCGUCGCUCAAGAGAAGAUUCUCGCCGUGAGGCAUACUCUAAUGGAGGACACGUUACCUGCUGCGCAGGGAGCUUUACGUACCGUUCGGGGCCACAUUCGCAGCAUUUCAGGUGGAUCCAGGGAAGUUGAGGAGACGAUACCUCAAGAUUUCGAAGUUUCCCGGGAGGAGCAAGAAUGCAUUGAUAAAAUGAGCAACGAUCAGAUUUGCGACUUCCUGCGAGAGAAGCAUAUGAGCAAUAAGCACGUACACCCCCCAGUGUCUACGAAGUAG